AGCUAGCCGCCUAGCUAACGUCGCGCUAGCUAGCCCGUUCGCUAACAGCCGUUAGCCUUACGCCACAGCUAACGAGUUUGAAACCGCUUGGACUUUGAGGGGGCCCCCACGUUGUUUUUUUGUUGUCGCUACUUCGUUACACUCGGCUCCGGCUGUGCUCUCGCCCGCUUCCGAGAGACCGAUAUCGGCCAAGGAUCUACUGCGGCAAACCUGGUCGGUUUUUGUUGUGUUGUUUUUUUUUUAGCUAGCGCGAUAUAGCCUCGCUAGCUAGCUAACGCUGCGUUAACUCGGCUCCGGGACGACCCGAGGCCUUGCUCCGUCUCUACCAAUCCGAGGCCGAGGCCGAGGCCCCCCGUUUCAGCUCCACCAAUCCGAGGCCUCGCUCCGACUCCCAACUGUUUAGCUGCCACUGACUGUGCGUUGCCGUACGGCGAGAGUUGACAGCUUACUUGGUGACACAGAGACUUCUCCCUGAGGAGCCAGGAAGCAGACGGCUCAUGACUUCUGACCAGGACACGAAAGUUGUAGCUGAACCACAGGGGCAGCAAGUACAAGAGGCAAAAGAAAACUCCCAUUUGGAAUCCGCUAAGGUUUCAGAUCUCAACCCCAAUGCGAAAGCAUGGGCCAACCACAUGUUUAGCCUGGACCCCACCGGAACCACCGACACCACACCUGCUGUCCUCCAACCAUGGAAGGAAGGCUGCGACAGCUUGGCCGACCCCGGCCCUGAAGGUUAUGAAGCCAGUGAAGACAAAGCAUACAAGGAGCCUCUACUAGCCAACCCCGAUGAGCCUCCGCCCGUCCCGCUGAUGCUGGCAGAGCCGGCCCCAAUGGCCUCUGUCACCCUGCAGUGCUCUGACCCAGCCUACACGGAGUACCCUGAGCCUGGGCAGGACAUGGCACACACAGGCAGUGAAACCCAGCCAGAGAACCCACAGGAGGGCCUGAGGGAGCAUCUGAAGAAGACGCUGGAGUUCUGUCUUUCCAGGGAGAAUCUGGCCAGCGACAUGUACCUCAUCUCUCAGAUGGACAGUGACCAGUACGUGCCAAUCGUGACGGUGGCCAACCUGGACCACAUCAAGAAGCUGAGCACCGACGUGGAGCUGAUAGUGGACAUUUUACGAUCCCUGCCGCUAGUCCAGGUGGAUGAGAAGGGAGAGAAGGUCCGGCCCAACCAGAACCGCUGCAUAGUCAUCCUCAGAGAAGUCCCAGAGAGCACGCCCAUAGAGGAGGUGGAGGCUCUUUUCAAAGGGGACAACUUACCCAAGUUCAUCAACUGUGAGUUUGCCUACAAUGACAACUGGUUCAUUACCUUUGAAUCAGAGGCAGAUGCACAGAAGGCAUAUCAAUAUCUCAGAGAAGAGGUGAAGACCUUCCAAGGGAAGCCGAUUAAGGCACGGAUAAAAGCGAAGGCAAUCGCUAUCAACACUUUCAUACCAAAGAACGGUUACCGACCAGUGGAGGUGAACCUGUAUGCUCAGCAGCGCUACACGUCCUACUACAUCCCCCCGGUGUACAGCCCCCAGCAACAGUUCCCCCUCUACAGCCUCAUCACCCCACAGGCCUGGUCAGCUACACACAGUUUCCUGGACCCCACACUGGUUACUCCGUUUCACAACACGCAGUUCAUCAAUGGAUUCACGACGUCACACAGUUUCAAACCGGCGACUUCACCUCUCACUGUCCGACACUACUCUCCCAGGAACAGAAACCACGGUAAGCCUCAUCCGAGGCCGAGCAUCCCCACGGUGGACCGUAGCUCAGGGCUUCUGGACAGCCCAGGCCUCUUCUCCAGCUUCCCCAGUAACAGGCUCCUUAAUGGGGUUCGAACCAGUGCCCCGACGCGACUCCCCACUGGCCAGCCCAGAGCCAGGUUACCCUCUACCAUGGCCUUCCCCCGGAGAGACGGUGUCGGCACAGGGCGUGUUGCCGAGUCCAUCACCACAGAUUACUCCCUAGGCAUGGGCCGGGGAAGGAAAAAUGUUUCUGCUUCUAGGAAAAAGAGGGAUGAAAAGUUUACAAGAGUGACGCCCCAGUCGCCCCCUCCCCCAAAGCCCCCUUCUCCGAGCUUCGAGCUGGGCCUCUCCAGCUUCCCACCCCUGCCCGGGGCGGCUGGCCAGCUCAAGGCAGACGACGUCUUUGACAACCGGCUGGUUAGCCCUGCGGUCCCCGGGACCGCCAAGGAACAGACUGUAUCUGAAGCCAGCACUGCAUGUGCCCUCGCUGCUGGAGGGCCCAAGGAGCCGCUGCGGACCGCCUUCUCCCCACUGCCCCCAAGCUUCCAGCCAACGCCCGCCACCUCUACACCCACUUCAGCCCCGCCCCUUGCCACCGCGCCGCCCCUCAGCACUGCCCCCCCCUACCCUGCGGUGGAGGUGAAGGUGUUGGAGGUGAAGCAGAAGGAGGUGCAGACAUCUGUGGAGCGGGUUCCCGGCACGCUGUCCACCGCCAGCAAAUCUGUGCAAGUCAACGGUGCUGCCACAGAGUCGAGGAAGCCCUCCUACGCUGAAAUCUGCCAGCGGAUCAAGGACGCCCCGACACUACAACAGCCCCAGCCCCCGAAGGAAGCUAAGACAGCCUGUGCUGCCCCCGCAGGCGAGGACAGGAAGUGCUCUGAUGCCUCUUCCCCAGCGGGAGACAGCCGGGGUGAGGCCAAAGCCAGAGAGACAUACCCCCCCUCCAAGCCGGGGUCGGCAGCUAUCGCCACAGGCAGACCCCUCCGGGAGGCCCGCAAGCCAACCGGCCGAUGGCCCUCACCGCCCCCACAUCCAGGGAAGACCCCCAGCAAAGAUCCCCACCACACGCCCCCCAAGUCCCCACAGUAG